AUGGAGCGUUUAUGUAAAAAAAUGGAAGAAAGAUUUUCAAAAACUUCAGAGGAUAAUUCUGCUUUUGAUAUAAACAAUCAUUUAAAAAGAAAUGAACGAUUCAACAAGUCCAUAGUAGUAUGUGAUUCACUGGUUUGUCUCAUGUUUUGUAUAUUUCCCAUAAUUCAAUCAUUUUUGGAGUAUUUAAGUUCAAGUACUGAGGAUCGGAAAUUUGUUUAUUUGUUGCCAUAUAUGAUGUGGUAUCCGUUCAACACACAACGACUACUUAACUACAUUGUGGCAUUUAGUUCACAGUGUCUAGUUACAUAUAUGAUAACGAGUUUUUAUCUAGGACACGAUAUGUUUCUCACAACAUUUGUGUAUAUAGUAAAUAUGUAUUUGAGUUACAUUGAAUUCAAAAUACACGAAUUCAAGCCAACUAACACCGAUGAAGAUAACCACUACUUAAGUCAACUGUUAGCCUUUCACAGCGACAUUUACGGAUACGUUAAGCAAAUUGACGAAAUUUUCAGCAUAGCAAUGUUAUGGAACUAUUUUGCAGCAUGCUUAACCCUGUGUCUAGUCGGAUACCAAGUAGCAGCUGGUACUGAUUAUUUACAUUUGUUAAAAUUUUUUGGAUUUCUGGUCUCGAUGUUGUGGCAUGUUUAUAUUAUUUCGGUGGUUAGCACUGAAUUGAUAACUCAGAGUUCUGGAAUCGGCGAUGCAUUUUAUCACCAAGAGUGGUAUGACGCCAGCAACAAAUACAAGCGAAUGUUGCUUCUGCCCAUUGCCCGCGCACAACGUCCAGCACACAUAACAGCGUUCAAAUUUUUCGACAUAUCCAUGCAAUCUUUUACAAAUUUGCUGUCAACUACUUAUCAAGUUUUUACAUUACUGAGGACGAGUUUGGAAACCAGUACCUAA